AUGGACGCUAGAGAGGUUGUUGAGUUAUCUUCAAAGAUAUCGCUGAGCAAUUGCGAGAUAGAGGCGGAAGAUGAUCCUGACGAAAGUGGUGGGGAAGCCACGGAGAUCCAGGAGCUUUGCAAGGGUAUCCGAUCGGUCAUAACCCAUUUGUUCAAGCUUUCCAUGAUCAUUCGCCAGAAUAAGCCCAGAGGCCGUGAGGGAAAGACUUCCGCUUUAGAGCCCCUGGAUCCCACAGCGGAUAUGAUGCACAUCAGGGACAGGUAUGAGAAGGCCCGAAAGGCUCCUUGGUUAAUCGACCGACUUGGAAAGGCAAUCACGGCGCGUCGAGAGUAUUUCCGAUAUCGAAUGUGGCGACAAGAAGAACAGUGCACCCAGCAGAGUGAUCUUGCAGAGGACGCCGGUCCUGGAGAUGCUCACGCUGCCACACUCAAGGCUACCACUUUUGACGGAGAUGAUAUGACAGUUGUUCUGAAGAACCCGCUUGGCAACUAUUCAAUAGAGCCCGUGAGGUCUACUGAGGCUAGUAUAACGUCGUAUGCGACGUCACUACCAGGGGCAAACGAAGAAACACUGCGUGUUCCAAAUCCCCCAAGCAAAUUAUCGGACGGUACGAAAUUCGAAUAUGGUGAACCAUUUGAAUGUCCUUAUUGUCGGAAUAUCAGGAUCGUCCAAGACCGAUCUCAAUGGAAGCGGCAUGUAUUCGAAGAUCUUCAACCAUAUGUAUGCACUGCUGAGACAUGCACUUCGUCUCCCUUCACCAAACGCCAUGAGUGGUUCGACCAUGAGCUUAAUCAACAUCGAAAAAGAUGGCACUGCAUUAUCUGCUCUGAGUUUACAUAUACCUCGAGGAACGAGCUCACCACCCAUAUCCAGCGCCAGCACGGAGUAGUCGUCACGGCUGUGCAAAUUCCACUGAUCGCUGAUGCCGGGGGUAGAACUCAAACCUACUUUGGUGAAGGGCAAUGCCCACUAUGCAAUGACUGGAAGCCGAUAUUAUCUCGGCAUAACAACAACGCCCCAGCAUUCAGGCGUCAUUUAGGGAAACACUUGGAGCAACUUGCAUUGUUUGCAUUACCCAGAUUAGCACAAGACGAAAGUACCGAGGGUGAUGACUCUAGCGAGAGUGAAAUUAUUAGAGCCUCCACGGAUUCCCUAGAGAGCCCAGUCUUGAAUGUGUAUGGCUCGGAGUCUACCUCCGAAAAAGGGAAGCAGUUAUCCAAUGAGGGCCUAGUCCGCGGUGCCUCCCAAGCACCCCCUUCAGCCAGCGUGUCUCCCUCCAGACGAGAAGCAUCAGGAAUGAGCGCCCGAGAGGCCAGCCGCAAAAUGGGUUAUCCUAACCUCAGUCGCACAACGCACAGAAUUUACAGUAUGGUUGGCGUGGGCCUUCCUCGAUCGACCAGCCCUGAAGGACAGAGCUCAGAACGUCGAGAUCACCCAGAAACCCGUCGAACAGUUUCCCCGAACGCGGGUCCAGUCCGCGGAAAAGAUUCUGAUGACCUCAUACGCAGGCUCUCCAGUAAGCUUCCCAUGGGCGCUGUGUAG